AUAAUUAUCAGUUCAUUCAAGAAAUUUAUAUUUGCUCUAGAUAUUUAAAAAAAAAAUAACUAUUCUAAAAUAUGGAUAUCGACAAUAUAUUAACUGAACUUGGAGAAUUUGGGAAAUAUCAAAUAGGUGUUUAUGUUCUUUUAUUUUUUCCUCUGGUAUUUGGAUCUCUGGGAUCACUGACUUACGUUUUCACAGCAGGUGAUAUAGAUUACAGAUGUAAAGUCCCUGCAUGUGAGACAAACAUCACAUCUUAUGAUAAUCCCUGGCUUUCCAAUGCUCUGCCUUUCAAAGAUGGAAAAUUAAAAAGCCAUUGUUUACGAUACAAAUCAUCUAACGAUAGUUAUCAUCAAAAGUGUACAAAAGAUAUUUUUUUAAAAGAUCAAGUCGAAGAAUGCCAUAGUUUCGUUUUCAAAAACAAUGAAAUUACUAUUGUUAAUGAGUUUAAUUUAUUCUGUGAGGAAAAUGAAUGGAAAAGAACCUCAGUAGGUACCAUUCAUAAUAUUGGUGAAUUUAUUGGGAUGCCAUUAGCUGGAUUAUUCUCAGACAGAUUUGGUAGAAAAACUUUGAUCAUAACAACUGUUUUAUGCUCAUCCAUAUUCGGUACUAUAAGAUCAUUUACAUUUAAUUAUAUCCAGUUUUUGGUACUCGAAAUUGCUGAUGCUAUAGCAUUGUCAGGAAUUUAUAUUGGAAUUUUCGUUUUAGGAAUAGAAAUAACUGGGCCAAGUAAGCGUGGAUUAGGCGGUGCUAUAUUAAGCUGUUAUUAUUCCAUUGGUGAGAUUAUGCUCGGUCUCAUUGUCUGGCUUGAAGAUGAUUGGAGGAAAUUUUUAAGGAUCAUAUAUAUACCAGGCUUUAUAUUUGUCAUAUAUUUUUGGAUACUGCCAGAAUCAGUUAGAUGGCUCGUAUCACAUGGGAAAACCGAAAAGGCAAAACAAAUAUUUGAAAGGAUUUCUUCAGUAAAUAAAAAAUCAAUCGAUGAAAAUGUUAGAAAGGGAAUAGAGCAAUUACAGACAGGUGUCCAAACGCUCAUAGAAGACUCAGAGAAUGUUAUCAAUAAUGAAGACAGUAAAUUUAAACCUGAUAAAAAAAUAUACCAAUCGAAAACAAUGAUAUUAAGAAUUUUAAAUUGUUCUUUCUGUUGGGCUACUAACGCUUUUGUUUACUAUGGCCUAUCACUUUAUUCUGUUGUUAUUGGCGGGAAUAAAUACUUCAACUUUAUUCUUGUAUCUUUUGUUGAGAUUCCAGGAUAUGCAUUGUCGCCAUUUAUCAUUAAUAAGUUUGGAAGGAGAGUACCUCUUGCUCUGGCCCUUAUAUUGAGUGGUUCAGCCUGUUUUUUGUUUCAUUUUCUUCCAGCAGAUUACCAAACUUUGAGUCUUGUGUUGUUCUUGUUAGGGAAAUGUUCGAUAACAGUAUCAUUUGCAUCAUUGUAUGUUUCUGCCACAGAAUAUUUUCCUACAACGAUGAGACAUUCAUUAAUGGCAUUUUGUUCAACGUUAGGAAGAGUUGGUUCAAUUAUUGCUCCUCAAAUGCCUCUGUUGUCUGGUUAUAUUGACCCAUUGUUAAUCUUCGGUACAAUUUCUUUUAUCUCUGGAGGUCUAUCAUUUUAUUUUCCUGAGACAUUGAAUUGCAAGCUGCCAGAUACUAUUGAAGAAGCUGAAAACAUUGGUAAAAAGACUGAUGGAAAGACAUUGAAGUAAUGGAGUCAAACCUACUCUGAAAGAACAUAGGCAACUUCUAGAUGUUUACAGGGCCUUUGUGUAAGUCUGGUGACCAGGGCGGUCACCCGAGAUUCGCUUCCUAGGAGGCUAUGAAUAAUGGAUAACAUUU